CCAUGAAUAAACACCGCCUUUGCGGUUGCGGCGCCGCGCUUCUUCUCCCUUCGCGGCGGCGAUACUGGUGGCGAAGGGGAGCCAAGCGGCCAUCCAUGAGAGUCCUUGUCCGGUCGUGUUCGAAGGGACCCGACCCGGAAGGUGUUCGGCGGAAUGGGUGAGUGCCGGGCGCGCACGAGGUUCGCUGGGAGAUGUGAGAAGCUUCACCGAAGGGAGAUGCAGUAUGGUGGCGUCUAAGCUGUGUCGAUGCCGCCGCCAUGUCGUGGAGGGAGGAUCCGGGAGACCAGGAGGGCUUCUUGAAUCGGAUGAGUUGACCACUGGGCCGUAAGAGAUCAAGUUGUACAAACUAAUGGCAUUAAUGUGGCCAGCCAUUGGCCCAUUAGUACUACAGCCAUUUUUUAUUGUACUAGUGGACGUGAACAAGCAAACACAUCCAUGGUUCCCAGCAACUCAGUACUAGCAUAUGCUACCAUUUUUUUCCUCAAAACAAUCACGGAAGUUUCUCUUCUCUUCACACUGCAGUUGUGUUUUCCUGUUUCCUCCUGCGAGUGUAUUGUGAAUUAUCAGUGUUCUAAUGGCUGACCUUGUGGCCCGCAUGGUUGUCGGUCCACUGGUGUCCAUGCUGAAGGAGAAGGCGUCCAGCUACCUCCUGGAGCAGUACAAGGUGAUGGAGGGGAUGGAAACCCAACACAAGAUCCUCAAGCGCAAGCUACCAGCCAUCCUGGAUGUCAUAUCUGAUGCUGAGGAGCAGGCAUCAGAACAGAGAGAAGGAGCAAAGGCCUGGCUUGAGGAGCUCAAGGCAGUGGCAUAUGAAGCAAAUCAAGUCUUCGACGAGUUCAAUUAUGAGGCGCUCCGGCGUGAAGCCAAGAAGAAUGGGCACUACACCAAUCUUGGCUUCGAUACAGUAAAACUCUUCCGUUCUCACAACCCUGUCAUGUUUCGUUACAGGAUGGGUAAGAAGCUCUGCCGGAUUGUGCAUAAUAUGGAAGUCCUUGUAUCAGAGAUGAAUGCAUUCGGGUUUAGAUUCCAACCUCAGUUUCCAGCUUCGAAGCAAUGGAGACAAACAAGCUCUGACAUCUUCGACCCUAUUAAAAUUGCUACAAAAUCAAGAGAAGAAGAUAAGCGGAAGGUUGUUAACAUAUUGCUUAGUCAAUCUAGCAAUGUGGGUCUUGCAGUUGUUCCAAUUGUUGGAAUAGGAGGAAUGGGCAAGACCACUUUAGCACAGCUUGUUUACAAUGAUCCUGAAAUUCAGAAACAUUUCCAGUUGAAGCUAUGGGUGUGUGUAUCUGAAAACUUUGAUGUGGAUACCCUGGCCAAAAAUAUAGUUGAAGCAGCUACCAAAGGAAGGGAUGGAGAUGAAGAAACGAGGAACAAUUCACCACUGGAUCGCCUUAAAAAAUUAGUGAGCAGGAAGAGGUUCCUCGUUGUAUUGGAUGAUGUCUGGAACCGAGAGGCUGAUAAGUGGGAGAAGUUGAAGGCCUGCCUUUUACUUGGUAGCUCUGGUAGUGUCGUAUUGGCAACAACCCGUGAGAAAGGAAUUGCUGAAAUCAUGGGUACAGUACAAGCUUAUGACCUUGCAGCUUUGAAGGAUAACUUCAUAGAGGAAAUUAUCAAAUCAAGAGCAUUCAGUUCACAGGGCAGUGAGCCUAAUGAGCUAGUUGAGAUGGUUAGUGAGGUUGCCAGGAAAUGUGUUGGCUCUCCUUUAGCUGCAACUGCGCUUGGCUCUGUACUGCGUACCAAGACCAGCGUGGAAGAAUGGAAGGUUGUUUUAAGUAGAAGCAAUUGCAGCGAGGGUUCUGGAAUUUUGCCAAUACUUAAGCUAAGCUACAUUGACAUGCCAUCACAUAUGAAGCAAUGCUUUGCUUUUUGUGCUGUGUUUCCCAAAGACUGCGAGAUUGAUGUGGAUAAGCUGAUCCAACUUUGGAUCGCAAAUGACUUAAUACCUCAACAGAAUAACAUUCAUCUUGAAACCGCUGGCAACCGUAUUUUCAAUGAGCUGGCCUCAAGAUCAUUCUUUCAAGAUGUCAAGCAAGUGCCAAUUUACAAUGAUGAAUGGACUUAUGGCUAUUUCUCGAGAACUACAUGUAAGAUCCAUGAUCUUAUGCAUGAUGUUGCACUGUCUAUCAUGGGAAAUGAAUGUGUUACUGUAACGGAUGAACCAGGGCAAAGGGAGUUGUUAACACAUACUGCUCGACAUGUCCUUUUAUCAUGUUAUGAGUCGGAAACUUUAUUCAAUGAUUAUCUAAAGAACAUAGCUCCAGCUAUCCAAACAUUGCUAUGUGGUGGACUGAUUAUUGGUUCUUUGCCUCAUUUAUCAAAAUGCAAUUCUGUGAAGGCAAUACAGUAUGAAUCGUGCAUAUUUCGUCUGAAACCAAAGCAUCUUCUUCACCUUAGGUACCUUGAUCUGUUUGGAAGUCGUAUUGAUGCACUUCCGGAGGACAUAAGUAUUCUAUAUAACCUGCGGACAUUGAUCCUUUCUCACUGCAUAUAUCUUGAUCGACUUCCAAGGCAAAUGAAAUAUAUGACCGCUCUCCGUCACCUCUACACUGAUAACUGUCCAGAGUUGAAGAGUAUUCCUCAAGACCUCGGACAACUCACUUCCUUACAGACCCUUUCUUGUUUUGUAGCAGGAACUGGCUCUAAUUCCUUGAAUGUUCGAGCAUUGCAUCACUUAAACCUUUGUGGUCUACUGGAGCUAUGUCAUCUUGAAAAUGUGACAGCAGCGGAUGCUGAAGCAGCAAACCUCAGCAAUAUGAAGCAACUCAGAGGACUGAUCUUAAGAUGGGAUUCUAGUCACGAGGACAAUCAACAUCACUAUGAUAAGGUGCUCAAGGGUCUAAAACCUCAUCAUGGAUUGCAGGCUUUAAGGAUAUCGUCCUACCAAGGCUCCAGAUUCCCAACAUGGAUGGGUAUUCUGCAGAACAUGGUUGAGCUUAUUCUCUGUGAUUGCGGUAACUCCAAGAAGCUUCCUCCAUUGAGCCAAGUACCUGCUCUAAAAGUUCUUCGGUUGUACAAACUGGGAAAAUUGCAAUUCUUGUGCAGUGGUGUUACACCUUUCACUUUCCCAAAACUGAAGGAGCUUAUCCUAGUUAAUCUGCCAGCUUUUGAGAGAUGUUGUGAAGUAGAUUGGAUGCAAAGGGAGCUGAUGAUAUUUCCUCAACUUGAGAAAUUGUUUAUUCAAUAUUGUAAGUUGAUAGCAUUACCAGAAGCAGGACUGCUGAGAGAAUCAAACUGUGGAGAUAAUGCAACGGCACACUCAGCAGCAUUUCCAUCAUUGAAGGUACUCAAGCUGAAAAAUUUAUGCAGCUUUCAGAGAUGGGAGUCAGUUGAAGGAAUUAAAGGACGACGGAUAAUAUUUCCUCAGCUUGAUAAAUUAGUAAUCCAUAGCUGCCCAGAGCUGACAGCAUUACCAGAAGCUGUAAUUCUGGAAGAGUCAAAUGGUGGAGAUUAUACGGUGGCACAGUCAGCAUUCCCGGCAUUGAAGGUACUCAAGCUGAAACAAUUAUCUAGGUUUCAGAGAUGGGCGUCAGUUGAAGGAAUUCAGGUACGGCAAGCAAUGUUUCCCAAACUUGAGAAAUUAGUAAUCUAUUGUUGCCCAGAGCUAACAGCAUUACCGGAAGCAUCAUUGCUUGGAGAAAUGUGUGUUGGCCAUUAUGCUCUCUCUCACUCAGCAUUUCCAGCGUUGAAGGAACUCAAGUUGACAGGUUUGAAUAUAUUUCAAAGAUGGGAUUCAGUUAAAGGAAUUCAAGGACAGCUCACAGUAUUUCCUCAACUUGAAAAUUUACUAAUUAGUAGCUGCCCAAAACUAACAGCAUUACCAGAAGCAUCAUCUGUUCGAGAAUCGUGUGGUGACUACUAUACUACUGCACACUCAGUAUUUCCAGUGUUGAAGGCUCUGGAGUUGUAUGAUUUGAGAAUGUUCCGCAAUUGGGGGGGACUAACUUUUCCUCGGCUUGAGGUACUAACAAUAAGGAAAUGUCAUGCACUGAUAGCAUUACCAGCAGCUACACUUGUUGGUAAAGAUAUUACAGGAUGCUCAGCAUUUCCCCAACUAAAGGAACUCCGGUUAGACGACGCAGAGGGUUUCAACAUAUGGGGUGCAAUGGGAAAAACACAUGCUAAACAACCAACCUUCCAUAACCUAGAAUGUGUUUAUAUUAAGAAAUGCCCAAAGCUCAGAACUCUACCUAGAGCACCAAAGCUCAAUGUAUUGCAUAUAGUAGGAGCCAAUGAACAAAUAUCCCUAUGGGCUCCUAGAUACAUGACUUCAUUAUCAAAUUUGAAAUUGUGGGUCCAAGGCACAGAAACAACACAGCCAGAUGGACACAGUUUGAUUGAACUAGUAGAUGGCAAGGACAAUUGGAACCACCAGUCCCCUCUCACAGUUAUGAAGUUACAUGCCUGCAACUUGUACUUUAGUUCGGGUGCACAAGCGCUAUGGGCAUGUUUUGCACAGCUUAAAGAUUUGGAAAUCCAUAGCUGCAAUUCGUUCGUACACUGGCCAGAGAAAGAGUUCCGAAACUUAAUAUCCUUGAGGGGCUUAUGGAUUUCUGGGUGCAACAAGCUAACCGGCCACGCAAAAGCUCCUGGGCAAUCACCAUCAGGAAGUGAAGACCAAAUCCUACCACAGUUGGAGUCACUGAAGAUAGAGUCUUGUGAAAGUCUGGUAGAAGUCUUCAGCGCCCCAGCAUCUCUCAUGAAGAUGGACAUAUGGUUCUGUCCUGAGCUGGAGUCUAUCUUCAGCAAGCAUCAAUGCAGGUCAGCAUUGACUGAAGGGCCUAGCAGUGAUACCAUGGCAACUGCAGCUGUAUCAGAGUUCCUUCCAUGCCUAGAAUAUCUGAGCUUACAUGGGUGUGAUAGCUUGUCAGGGGUGUUGCAUCUGCCACCGUCCCUCAAAAAACUAUAUAUUGAAGAAUGCAGUGGGUUAGAAUCACUGCAAUCUCAUUCUGGAGAGCCACCACAGUUGGUAGAACUACGGCUUUCGGGCUGCCAAACUCUGUCAUCCCUACCAAAUGUGCCACAAGCAUACUCGUAUCUCACACAGCUUACUAUCCAUAAAUGUCCGGCUAUAAAAGCGCUCCCUACAAGCCUGCAGCAGCGGCUCCCAAGCCUCCGGAAGAAACAUCUUGACGCCUGUUUUGAAGGGAUAUACACUCAGGAGGUAUGUACCUCCACCUUAGAGUAAUAUAGUUCUUGAGUAACACUGUGAGGUAUAUAUACCUCGUAUAUACCCAAGUUCCAGAAAUAUGCCACCAUUGUCGAUUGUAUCUAAUCAGUCAACCGUAUAGUUCUUAUCUCUCUCAGAUAGUGACGGGGUACAUACUUCUCCAAGGAUGCCAGAGAAACUCACACACAAUAUAGUGUUUAAUCCUUUAUAGAUAUUUAUAAUUGGUAAAUUUGUUCAUAUAUCUGUUUUUUGACAUUGUACAUGAUCAGGGCCAAAGCCAACACUGUCAAAACCAAGGACAUGGAGAUAUGCCAUCCAAAGAUAUUAGUAUUCUAUCACUAUCCAUAUCAACACAGAUUACU